UUUUCUUUUCUCGCCGUGAUAAAUAAUUUAAAUAAAAUUCAACCACAUAGCUCAGUUAAAAGUAUUUAUGGUUCAGUAAAUAAAUUGUUUAAAAAAUAAUAGUCGUUACAAUAUUAACUGCGUUUUAUCACAAAUAAAACAUAAGUCUUAAUCAAACAACAAAAUGCCGAGUCAGGAAGUUGUAACGACAAAGGUUGUGGUCCAUCCUUUGGUACUAUUGAGCGUUGUAGACCAUUUUAACCGUAUGGGAAAGAUUGGUAAUCAAAAACGGGUUGUAGGCGUUUUGUUAGGCUGCUGGAGAGCUAAAGGAGUUCUGGAUGUUUCAAAUAGUUUUGCAGUUCCAUUUGAUGAAGAUGACAAGGAUAAGUCAGUUUGGUUCUUAGACCAUGAUUAUCUUGAAAAUAUGUAUGGGAUGUUUAAAAAAGUCAAUGCUCGUGAAAAAGUUGUUGGCUGGUACCACACAGGACCUAAACUCCAUCAAAAUGAUGUGGCAAUAAAUGAGUUGAUCAGGCGUUACUGCCCCAACUCUGUUCUUGUUAUUAUUGACGCCAAGCCAAAAGACCUGGGCUUGCCCACUGAAGCGUACCAGGCUGUUGAAGAGGUUCAUGAUGAUGGCAGUCCCACAACUCGGACAUUUGAGCAUGUGCCCAGUGAAAUAGGUGCAGAAGAAGCUGAAGAAGUGGGAGUCGAACAUUUACUAAGAGAUAUUAAGGACACAACUGUUGGUAGCCUCUCACAGCGAAUCACCAAUCAGUUACUUGGCCUCCGAGGUCUUCAUUCACAAUUAAGUGAAAUACGUGAUUACCUCAUUCAAGUUGGUCAAGGAUCGCUACCUAUGAACCAUCAAAUUAUAUAUCAGUUACAAGAUAUCUUUAACUUAUUGCCUGAUAUUGCUAGUGAUAAUUUUAUUGAUAAUUUAUAUAUCAAGACCAAUGAUCAAUCUCUUGUUGUAUACUUAGCUGCACUGGUAAGAUCUAUCAUUGCUUUGCACAACCUUAUCAAUAACAAAAUAACAAAUAGAGAUGCAGAGGAAGGUAAGAAAGAUGAUUCGAAAGAUAAAAAGGAGAAGAAAGAUGAUAAGGAUGACAAGAAGACGGAAGAAAAAGUAAAAGCAGAUAAAAAAGAAAAAGAAGAAAAGAAAAAGUAAAAGUGAAUCGUCAAUAGUUUAAGUUGUUUGUAAUGAUGCAUUAUUUUUAAAUAAAUUGUAUUUACUAAACCUUAA